AUGCCGGUGAGAUUGUGGGGCCUGGUGCAGGUCAUCAUGAAAGCCUUUCCACCUCCGCCUCGUAAGUACAAGAACGUGGACCUUUUUGCUGGCAAGUGUGCCAUAUCGAGGAGUUUCAAAGCCCAAGGGUAUGCCACAUGCUCCAUGGACAUAGAGAUCAAUGAGCUUGAUGACAUUCUCAGCCCUGUGGGUUUUAUUCGCACUCUUUAUGCAGCAAUCCACAUUGCUCGUGGAGGGCUCUGCACUAUGGGGGUAGUUUGCUCUUCUUUUACACAAAUCAACCGAGGAACUUCAGGACGCACAGCAGAAAAUCCGCUUGGCAGGGAGCAUUAUCCAAGUGUGGCAAAGGCCAAUUUGAUGCUGGUGAGGGCUGUACUCAUCAUGAUCACAGUGCUUCACUUUCAAGGGCAUUGGAUGCUGGAAAACCCACUAUCGAGCAUAAUAGACCUGAUGCCGCGGUUCCGGAAGCUCUUGGACAACACCGUCCACCAUCGCUGCCACACGUGGUUGGGCAUGUUCAAGGCUCCGACACCGAAACCCAUCAAGUUGUACUCUGAUGAUCCCUUUGUUCAACAUCUUCACAGGACUCUUGAUAGAUCCCGCUUUGCUAAAUCCGACACGACGAUCAAGUACAAAAACCGGGCAGGGCAAACCCGAUUUCGUGGAUCUGCUACACUCAAGGCGUCUCAAGUAUAUCCUGGAAGGUUUGGACGCGAGGUUCUUCAUGCAUGGGAGACAUAUGCCCGUGAGAGACCAAAUAGGAUGCAGCUACUUGACUUCAGCAACGAUCCAUGGGAAGAUGCCCAGCUCUCCGAGUGUGAGGCUUGGCUUGAAACCCGCAUCCAGGAGCGAGCCUCCAAGUCCAAGGAGACUUUGAUGGCCGACCUUGCUGCAUGA